AUAGUAACCGGUUUUACGUCAAAGAUGGAGGCAACUAUUUGAGUACAUGCUGAAUAUUGCUUCAUCGUUCUUUGCAUAAGUCAGGUUAAUUUAGUUUUAGUUUAUUUAAAUCAACAUAUUAUAUUAAUUAAUCGCCUAAACAUGGAGAACAAUCAAGAGACUCGUCAAGGCAACACUAAGCUAAAAGCUGGAAAUAAUUUGUGCAGAAAGUGUAGAAUUAUUUUAGAUAAAGUACACAUAUCAUGCGUAGACUGUGAAAGAGAUAUCAAACUCUGUCUGAAGUGCUUCUCCAGUGGAAAGGAAAUUCCAGAACAUAGAAGGACUCAUGCUUACAAGAUUGAAAUACCAAAAACCACUGGUCCAGGUCAGUGGUCCAUAGAAGAACAGGAAGAUCUAUUAACAGCAAUGGAAAAUUUUAAUUUUGAAAAUUGGGAGGAGAUCGCUAAGGUUAUGAAGAAUAGGACAAAAGAAGAAUGCAAAGAAUUUUACAUGGGAAACUUUAUUAAAUAUCCGAAAGACAGAGAGCUUCAGAGCCUUGUCUCAAAUUAUGCUGAACCUCCAAGGACAACUAUUUUAAGUUCUACAGAAGACAAUUUAUUUCUGGAAGAAAUACGCCCGAAAGUCGAUAGCUGUUUACAUAAUUAUUUGGCCAAGUAUAAUCCUCAUAGAAGUGAAUUCGAGUGCGAAUAUAAAAACAACUCCGAGAAAAUUCUCAUAAAUCUAAAAACAGAUGAUAAUUGUGAAGAUUGGGAAACCGAAGUGAAAAUUGCACUAAUAGAUAUCUAUAGGGACGCUUUAAGGAAAAGAAGACAGCGCCAUCGAUGUGUUAAAAGAUAUGGACUGUUAAGGAACAAAGAAAUAGAUGAUGCUGUUUCGGAAGAAUUAUCUAGUACAGGAUUCAAAUAUUAUCAAAAAUUAAAGGUUCUGGCUCAAUUUAUGAAUCAGGAAGACUUUGAUAAAUAUUUCUCGCAAUUGGAUAUUUGCUUUCGCUUAAAAGACGAUGUUAAAAAAUUACAAAAUCUUAGGCAAUUAGGAAUAAAAACUCUAGAAGGAGGACUUAUGCAUGUUGAUUUGUAUAGGCAGCGAAGAACUGAAGAGAAAAGAGUUGAUGUCAGCAAAAGUCGUAGGACAUAUUUGCAACUAUCAAACUGUCGUAGUAAGAGGAUUGUUAGUCCAAUGAAAGCGAGGUCAUUUACAAGAUUUGAAGUAGUCGAUAUGUUUUUUGGAAGCCAACACAAACCAGAGAAUCUUACUUUGGAAGAAAUUGUACGGGAUGUUAGUCAGAUUUUAGACAUAAAGGAUAUGCCUAGAUACGAAGAACUAAACUCGAACGAAAAAUAUCUGGCUUCUUUAUUACGCUUUUCUCCCGAAAAAUAUUUGUCAAUGAAGAAGAAAUUAGUGUCCUUAAGUGAUAAAUAUGGUGGAAUCAGAUUAUCUCAUGCACGUAGUGCCUGUAAAGUCAACGUUAAUAGUGUUAAACCUGUAUAUUUCUAUUUGCUUCAUACUGGUAUUAUAAAACAGUUGCCUAACGAUGUGCAAAUCGAUCUACCCUUUAAGUAA